AUGUAUAUAGCACUUACCUCAGCUCCACUAGAAAUGAACGCCAACAGUAUGCCUAAACAAGUGGAGGUGAGGAUGCACGAGAGUCACCUGGAGCCCAUUGAGGCCAGGCCUCAGUCCAGAUGUGCCAAAAUCUGUUCCAAGAUGUUUAAGAACCUUCUGCUCACACUCACCGUCCUCGGUGUGAUCUUGGGAGCUGUAGCAGGGAUGUUGCUUCGUGUUGCGGCCCCCAUCCACCCGGAUAUUGUCAUGGUGAUCGCUUUUCCUGGAGAUAUACUGAUGAGGAUGCUGAAGAUGUUGAUCCUGCCACUUAUCAUCUCCAGUUUAAUCACAGGUCUGGCCGGUUUGGACGCCAAAUCUAGCGGUCGCCUGGGCACCAGAGCUAUGAUCUACUACAUGACCACCACUGUUAUUGCUGCUAUCCUGGGAGUCAUCCUGGUGUUAGUCAUCCACCCUGGCAACCCCAAACUGAAGGAGAAUCUGGGCGAGGGCGAGAAAAAUGAUGAUGUGUCCAGCUUGGAUGCCUUCUUUGAUCUGAUAAGGAACCUGUUCCCAGAGAACCUGGUGCAGGCUUGUUUCCAACAGAUCCAGACGGUCACAAAGAAGGUGGAGGUUGUUAUUGAGGAGGACGUCAAUGCCACCACCAUGGAGGGAUUGGUGGCGAACAUUACCAAGGAGCCUCAGUUCAUCAUCAAAAAGUCCCUGCAGUUCAAAAGUGGCAUGAAUGUUCUGGGUCUGAUUGGUUUCUUUAUUGCAUUUGGCAUCUGCAUGGGCAAGAUGGGAGAGAAGGCCAGACUCAUGAUUGAAUUCUUCAAUAUCCUCAACGAGAUUGUGAUGAAACUUGUCAUCAUGAUCAUGUGGUACUCUCCCUUUGGUAUUGCUUGUCUGAUCUGUGGUAAGAUCAUUUCCAUCAAGGAUCUGGAGGUGGUGGCCAGGCAGUUGGGAAUGUACAUGGUGACUGUAAUUAUUGGCCUAAUCAUCCAUGGAGCAAUCUUCUUGCCCAGCAUCUACUUUGUUAUCGUCAGGAAAAACCCCUUCACCUUCUUCCUGGGUAUCUUCCAGGCCUGGAUCACUGCCCUGGGGACAGCGUCCAGUGCUGGUACACUGCCUGUCACCUUCCGUUGUCUGGAGGAAAACUUGGGUAUUGACAAGAGAGUCACUCGUUUUGUUCUCCCAGUCGGUGCCACCAUCAACAUGGAUGGAACUGCUCUGUAUGAGGCUGUGGCUGCCAUCUUCAUUGCCCAAAUGAACGGUAUCCACCUUGACCCGGGUCAGAUUGUCACCGUCAGUCUGACAGCCACCCUGGCCAGUGUUGGAGCAGCCAGUAUUCCCAGUGCUGGCCUGGUGACUAUGCUGCUGAUCCUGACCGCUGUAGGCCUGCCAACCCAAGACAUCAGUCUGCUGGUUGCCGUCGACUGGUUGCUGGAUCGUUUCAGGACCUCAGUGAACGUGGUGGGUGACUCCUACGGUGCAGGCAUUGUCUACCAUAUGUCCAAGGCAGAGCUUGAAGAGCUGGAUGCGCACAUGGCUAAAUCUGAUGACAUUGAAAUGAUGACGAAGACCCAGUCUUAUUAUGACGACAUGAAGAACCACCACGAAAACAAUUCCAACCAGUGCGUCUUAACCGCUACUGCUACCACAACCACUAGCACCACUGCUAACAAUUCUGUCGUAGUAGAUGAAUGCAAGGUAACCUCAGCCACUAACGGCUCUGCUGCGGAGUGCACGCUUGUUGAGGAGGAACCAUGGAAACAUGAAUAA